AUGGUCGCGUUUUCGUGGGUGUUAUUCCCGUGUGCGGUCGUGGUGGCCGGCAUCACCGCCAUCCGGUGGUUUUUGCGUCGUCGGCAAACGUACUGGCUCCGGCACGGUAUACCGGCAGCCCGGAAUCCCCAUCUACUGUACGGCAACGUGGCAGGGCUGGCGGCAACGCACCACACCGUCACCAUCCUGCAGGCGCUGUACCGGGAGUUUCGCGACCGUCAGCUACCGGCCGGUGGUUUUAAUCUGUACUUUUCGCCCUUGCUGCUGAUCAUCGAUCGCGCGUUGAUCGAGCGUGUGCUGGUGAAGGAUUUCGCCCAGUUCCAGGACCGUGGCCUGUACGCUAGCGCGAACGCGAAUCCGCUAAGCAGCGAAACGUUGUUCUCGCUCGCUGGUGAACGAUGGCACCGAAUGCGGCAACAGCUGGGGCCGGCGUUUGGGGCGGGCAGCGUGCGGACCAUGUUUCCAACCACGGUCCGCAUCGCGCAGACGCUGGCGGUGUACAUCGGUGCGCAAAGCAAACGGCGCGACCUCGAGUGGACGGAUCUGAUGGCGCGCUACACGACGGACGUGAUCGGUAGCUGUGCGUUCGGGAUCGAUUGCCGCACGAUACGCGACCCGGGGACGGAGUUUCGCGCGAUGGGCUACCGGGCGUUCCGCUGCAGCCGGAGGCGGAUGUGGAAGCUGCGGUUCGGGUACGGUUUCCGGCGAGUGGCCGACGCGCUGCAGCUGUGCGUGAGCGAACCGUGCGUGGAAACGUUCUUCCUGCAGCUGUGCCGGUCGACCGUGCUGCACCGGGAGAGCUACCAGCUGGUGAAGCGUGACUUCCUGCAGCAGCUGCUGGCGAUGAAGGCCACGGAGCGGCUCGAUAUGACGCAGGUCGCCGGACAGUGCUAUUCGUUCUUUAUUGCCGGGUUCGAAACGUCCGCCAGUUUGAUGAGCUUCUGUCUGUACGAGCUGGCCAAAAAUGGCACCGUGCAGGAGCGGUUACGCGCGGCCAUCGUGGCCGCCCUGGAUGAAACCGAUGGCCAGCUGAGCUACGACAUGGUGAUGUCACUCGGCUACUUGGAUCAGGUGGUGAAUGAAACGCUGCGCAUGUAUCCGCCGGUGGAUUUCCUGUUUCGCGUUGCGAGUACCGACUACCCGGUGGACCAUUUCGGGACCAUUCCUCGCGGGACAGUGUUGGUGGUGCCAGUACAUGCGUUACAUCACGACGCCGAGUAUUACCCGGACCCGGAGGUUUACGAUCCGGAACGGUUUGCCGGUGCGCCGAAGUCGCGUAACGUACGGGACGGUGCACCAUUCAUGCCGUUCGGUUCGGGACCGAGGCACUGUAUUGGGGCCACAGUUGGUCUGAUGCUUGUGAAGGUUGGUUUGGUGGCGAUGUUGCGCUCGUUUCGCUUCUCGCUGGAUGUGGACCGUACGCCGGAGAAGGUUACCUUUAAACCGCGCUCGCUCGUGCUGGCACCAAACAGUGGGAUGUACUUGAACGUGGCGCGGGUUUAG